AUGCAGGGGUGCACAAUUACCUCCUUCUUCUUCUCCUCCAUCCUGAUCUCUGCAGGGUCUUGUUUGAAGUGUGAACACUGCAGCAGUAACAGCGGUUUCUGUACCGGUGCGCCACACAUCUGCCGACCGUUUGAAAACACCUGCCUGAUAUUCACCACCGAGACAACCAUUGGAAAUGAGGUGUGGCUUGCCACUUACAAAGGCUGCAGCAAACUCAAGCAUUGUGUUCCAUCGCCCAUGAGUUUCACUCUCCCUUCAAGACGCAAGCGGAGUGCUGCGAAGUGUUGUCGCAAGGACCUUUGCAACAGUGGAACCGUGACAUUGCCCAAACUCGGGAUCCGCCCAAAUGGGAUGAAAUGUCCUGGAUGCAUCUCAACGGAUCCAACUUGCAAACCCACUGAGCUGAUCCAUUGCAACGGCUGGGAAGAGUAUUGUGUCUAUUACGAUGUGACGGUAGAACAAGAGGGAAGAUUUUACAGUCACGCCGAACGGGGCUGUGGAACGAAGAAUGCUUGUCUGAAUGAGCCACGUAUUUACGGGGUGCCCGGACUGUACAAGGAGAUUAUAAAGAAAUCCGAGUGCACCCCGGCUCCCAAAAUCAUCGGCAAAUAGCCCUGAC